AACGUUGACUAAAGCUAAAUUAGUUGACGCUAACCAGACAAAGGUAUUGUAGCUCAAGGUUUAGCAGCCAUUUGCAACGUUAACAUUACCGUUAGCUUAGACACUCGUAGAAGUUAACGUUACAUGCCACUGUUAGGGGUGUGUAUCAACGAAAAGGCACAUUUUGCGUUAAAUGUAAUACAAGGCAAACAAGCGAUCAACUCUUGUUAAACUCCAGAGUAUUGUUAACGUUGAUCAGCUGCUACGUGUUCCACUGUAGAUAAUGUUAAAACUCAAGUUAACGUGUUGUUAAGGUUAAGUCUGGUUUGAAACUAACGUUAACAGUAUAACGUUAACGUUCUGCACUUCAGCAAAUAGACGGAACCCAGUCAUUAGCUAACUUACUCACAGCUAAAAUGUUUGAAUGCACCUUCCACAAUAUAUGCACGGUCUGUUAAGAGUCUUCCUUUCUGAGCUAAAACACGAUUUCGAAAAAGUAUUCGUUAUUCCAAAAUUUGACAAAUAUAAUCCACAAAAAUUAGCCCCGUGUCAUUCCGAGUCGCUCUCCUACCUGAAAACUCCAACUUGUAAAUGGCGCCUAAACUGUGCUGUCGAACCAAAUUCGUUACAAACUGACGCAAGGCACCAUGGUACGUUCAAAGGGCAAAGGAAAAAAACACAAAAUUCAAAAAAGGGGACGAAGCCAACUCCGCCUCACUCCAGCUCCACACAAACAAUAACCAUAUGACACAAAUAGUCAGACGAGAAAACGCAGAAAAUAACAAAACUUAUUUUUUACAAUGUUAUAUAUUAUGUAAGAUUAUUUUCAGAUUCAAACGUGUUCAAGCGGUUGCCUGGUUACAGUAGAACGAAGCUCCGCCCGGAAGAAUAGUUAACAUUUCAGGAAAUAUUGUUCGAUGGCUCAACUAUUAAUGUUAGUUUAUUCGUUUUUUAAUAAGUCCUGUUACAUACAUUUAUUUAACAUUUGUCAUUUGUACUUUUAAAUAAUUCGAAAUAUCCGUUUUCAAAGAAGGAAGCGAUACAUGCAACUCUCGCGAUAACUUGCGUUUUCAGUUUCUAUGACCCAGAUUACAUGGCUACCAGAGGUUAGCCAAGAUAACGUUAGCAAGAAAUGACUGAUUCGUGAUGGAUAGGCUUGCACUGUACUGUAUUGACUAUUCAUGCACCUUUUGCUGGAGUUGUCCCAUAAUAAAGUCGGUAACGACAGAAGGAUGUGUGUUUUAACCAGAAAACCAAGUUAACUUUAGCAUUCAAGUCGCAGGGAAGGCUCGGGGAUAUCUCAGGAUUCACGUUAGCAACGGUGGCAGGUACCGUAGCAACUGCAGACGCUUGAUUUAUUCACCGUUACAGCUACCAGAGCAUGACAACAGCUGAGUCGCCUAAUCUACAGGGGUUCAACAGAGCAAACAUCCACCAUGAGAUUGAAAACAUCGCUGCUACAGGAACCCAAACAUAAGGAACUUGUGAGUUGUGUUGGCUGGACCACAGCAGAUGAGCUGUACUCAUGCAGUGAGGACCACCAGAUCCUCAAGUGGAACCUGCUGACCAGUGAGACCAGUCUGGUUGUCAAAUUGCCAGAGGAGAUGUACCCCAUGUACCUACACUGGUUCCCCAAGACCGUUGGUGGCAAGAAACAGAAUCAGACUGAGAUCUUUGUCCUCACCAGCACUGAUGGGAAGUUCCACCUGACCUCCAAGAUAGGGCGCAUUGAGAAGAGUGUUGAAGCACACAAGGGAGCUGUUUUGGCUGGAAGAUGGAACUAUGAUGGGACUGCUCUUAUUACAGCUGGAGAAGAUGGGCAGAUCAAGAUCUGGUCAAAAAGUGGGAUGCUACGCUCAACACUAGCCAGUCAAGGUUCUCCUGUGUAUUCUGUGGCUUGGGGUCCUGACUCAGACAGAAUCCUCUACACAUCAGGAAGACAGCUAGUCAUCAAGCCUUUGCAACCCAGCGCCAAAGUCAUACAGUGGAAGGCUCAUGAUGGGGUUGUUCUGAAGGUGGACUGGAAUUCAGUCAAUGACUUCAUACUGUCAGGUGGAGAAGACUGUAAAUAUAAGGUAUGGGACAGCUUUGGUCGUCUGCUUUACUCCUCGUCGUCUCAUGACUACCCGGUCACCUCUUUGUCCUGGGCUCCAGAUGGAGAGGUGUUUGCCGUGGGCUCCUUUAACACCCUGCGGCUCUGUGACAAGACUGGAUGGUCCUAUGCGUUGGAGAAGCCCAACACAGGCAGUGUGUUCAGCUUGGCCUGGUCUGCAGACGGCACCCAGCUGGCUGGGGCCUGCGGCAACGGGCAUGUCAUCUUUGCCCAUGUGGUGGAGCAGCAUUGGGAGUGGAAGAACUUUGUGAUCACCCUUACCAAGAGGAGAACUAUGCAGGUGAGGAAUGUGAUGAACGAUGCAGUGGAUGUACUGGAGUUUCGGGAUAGAGUCAUAAAAACAUCUCUGGCAUACGGUCACCUAGUGGUCGCCACUUCCCUCCAGUGCUAUGUCUACAACUCAAGAAACUGGAACACUCCCCUCAUCUUUGACCUGAAGGAGGGAACAGUGAGCCUCAUCCUGCAAGCAGAAAAACAUUUUCUGCUAGUGGAUGGAGCAGGCUUGUAUAUAUUCUCAUACGAGGGUCGAUUGAUAUCCUCCCCCAAGUUCCCGGGUAUGAGAGCUGACAUCCUAAAUGCCCAAGGUGUCUCAGUUAGUAACGACACCAUCGCCAUCCGAGACAAGAGUGAUGAAAAAGUCAUCCUUCUCUUUGACGGCCUGACCGGGAAAGCCCUCGGCGAUGGCAAGCCUUUGACUCACAAGCUGGAGGUGGUGGAGAUAGCUCUGGACCAGUGUGGCCCAUCCACUGAAAGGAAGAUUGCCCUGAUAGACAAGAACCGUGAUCUUUACUUGACCUCUGUGCGUCAUCUGGGGCGAGAACCAAAAAUCUGCAAAAUUGGUAGCAUGGUUCACAGUAUGGCAUGGAAUGAUGCUGCUAACAUCCUGUGUGGAAUCCAAGACAACCAGUUCACAGUGUGGUACUACCCGAGUGCUGUCUUCACUGACAAGGAACUGCUGCCAAAAACGCUGUACAUAAAAGAUGGCAGUGAGUUCAGCCAUGCACCCCAUAUUCUGAGCUAUGUUGGCACCAAGGUGACGUUACGCCAAGGGGACGGUUCACUGGUGUACAGCUGUGUGCCUCCGUACCCAGCCCUCCUGCACGAAUACAGCACCUCUGCCCGCUGGGAGGAUGCGCUGCGCCUCUGCCGCUUCGCCAAGGACCAAUCUUUGUGGGCCUGUCUUGCUGGUAUGGCAAUGGCAAACAGGGAGCUGAACACGGCCGAGAUGGCCUAUGCUGCCGUUGGAGAGUUACCUAGGGUGCAGUACAUCAACUUCAUAAAGGAGCAGCCAUCUAAGGAGUCGUCUCUGGCCCACAUGCUGAUGUUCAGCGGUCAGGUCCAGGAGGCUGAGGCCAUACUGUUACAAGCUGGUCUCAUCUACCAGGCCAUACGAGUCAGCAUUGACCUUUUCAACUGGGAGAGGGCACUGGAGCUGGCAGUCAAACACAAGACUCAUGUGGACACUGUGCUGGCCUAUAGAGGGAAAUUCCUACAGACAUUUGGCAGGAAGGAGACCAAUAAGAGAUUCCUCCAGUACGCUGAAGGGGUUGAGGUGGACUGGGAGAAAAUCCAGGCGAAGAUUGAGAUGGAGUUGUCUAAAGAGAGAGAGAAAGCUGCGAACGCCUCUUUGAGGAACAGCGUGGCCUCGCGACGUUAAUGUUCUCUGAAGCAUCCGCUUUUGCCGAAGUUGAUUCCCAUGUGUUUUUGACAUUUGGUGAAUAUUAAGUGGUUUGGCUCGCCCUCAGAGUAAUACAAAUUGUCUGUACUUGAGGCGUAAUGGCUACCAUUAGUUACAAGUACAUUAACUUCAAGUAAAAACAAAUGGCAACAUUUGGAGAUGUGCAGAUUAGUCGGCCAUGAAGAAUAUGACACUUGACUUUGACUCUGACACAAUAUUGUAGCAUAUGCUGUGUAAUGGAAAACAUUUGCACAACACUGUCAUUCUGUUACUGUGGGUGGAUGAUUUGACUUUGGAUAAAAGUAUCUAUAUUUCUCAGCAACAACACCAUAAUGAGCUUUCUGUCAUAUCGUCUUCUCAGUGAUUUCAGUGUGUCAAGUUUAAAGUGGAUUGUUAUUUUCUUCCAUUUGUCAAAAUCAACUUGAAAUACUCAGUCGUGCACAAAUGUACUGCUUUGGUUUUUGUCAGCUAUGUUGACUGACACUUGACUUUGUGUUUUUAUAUGGAUAGAUAUUUUUUACAGUUUAUAUAUUCAAAACUUUGCCUUCUGUAAACACUAAAAAGAAUGUCAGUAAACUGUAUAUAUUCAGCCAGAAAUAUCCUAAAAUGCUUUCUCUAUUUGUUUGUAUUCCUUUAAUAUCUUGAUGCUUCACUGGUUUUAAACAAAGGUCAUAGAGUAUCUUUGACAUGUUUUUUUCAGCUUUGCACACGCACCCAGGAGGUAUUUCUGGGUGCAUUUGUUUUAGAGUCCAAUAUAUCUACAGUAUGUGCUUUUCUUUGAGUAAUUUUUGUAUUUCCUUUUCUGCUGAGGUGUGAAACCAACCGCUUGCCAUCCAGUUCCACCCCCUGGUUGGCAGAAGGCCAGUACAUCAGCAAACCAUUAUAGCCUAUCUAUCUCAUAUAGUGGCUCAGCAGGGACGAAUGAGGGAGAAGAUCUGUCUCAGGGCUCUCUGAAAAACACUGCUAGACCAUAUAACAAUGAUGUGGACAGAUACUGUAGAAAUUGAUCCGCAUUAUCCCUGAAACUGUGAGUGGCCACAGAUGAAACAUCAGAGAAAACGGUAGAUGUAGGAAAACCUAUCAAUGGGUUCAUUCUCUCUUGCCGUUGCCUUUUUUUUUAGCUACUCCUCUCUCUGACUCACUGUCUUUUUCAUAUUUUACUCCCUGCCUCUGCUUUCUCUCCAAGCCUACUCACUGUGAGAUACACCAUAGUCAUCCAGACCGAACGCCACUAAUCUAUGAAAAGACUUAUCAGCGAGGAGUCAGGUUUCACAUGCAUUACCACUGAGAGAGGCCACACACAUUGAAAAAUAGAAUAGAAAUGAAUUGUGUUGUAUUCAUACUUCCUCUUUCACUAUACGAUGCACACUGUACCCAAUCUCAGUAUGUGUGUGGGACGAGGACUUUUAGCAUUUUGAUAAUGAAAAUUUUUAUUUAUUAAACCUAUGUUGUGUAAUUCUUA